CGCAAUUAUGCACGCACGCAUGAUGCUUUAUACUCUCGCUUAUGGUGGCUUCUUGUCAUAGGCCAGCUGUGCUGACCAAAAUUGAAGGGAGCUCAAGAUGGGCGCGGCUUCCUGUCGUCAGCAGCGUUCUCGGGUACAAAGAAUGGGGCGUUCAUGCACAUUGACACAACAGAGUUCUAACGGACAGCAAAAGAAAGGGAACAAGGAAACAGGAAAAGGGAAAGGAGAGAUAGAACGAAAAAUCAUGAAUAUAGUCACUUGGAUUGUAAGGCAAAGUACACUAACGGCAAGACAGCGGUGUGAACAAGAAAAGCGCCUGGACCAGAGGACUUACCAGAAUGCCGCCAGCUUGAGGACGGCAUGCACCUCCCUCGACAGCUGCUGCACAAUCUUCCCCACCCGCGCAUGAUCGUCCGCCAGGCAGAGGAAGGGGUCAUCGCCCUGGUCCGGGUGGACGCGCAGUGGCAGCACCGUGCGGUCCUGGAUCGGGCGGCCUUGCGGCCCACUCCGAUCCCACGUAUAGAUGCCGACCCUGGAGCCCCUGGCGAGGAAGAACGCCCGACACGUGCGGCGCGCCUCGUCCGUCAUCCCCAGCUGGGUGACGAUUUCGCGGCACUCGUCCAGCGACGGGUCCGGGUGCUCCUUGUCGCCCCAGGUGCAGAAGACUCGGAUGAAGGGGUAUCGGACGAGUUCCUUCACCGGCUCCUCCUCCUCCCUCCCUUCCUGUUUUAUGCGUGGCUCCUCCUCCUUGUGGGUGGGGGUGGUGCUGCUCCGAAUGAGACGAUCCAGAGCUCUAGCGCGCUCCGGGAAGGCCUCACGCACCAGCUUCGAAGAGUUCCCGGGGAUCAGAUCGAUCACCACGAGUGCACAGUCCGUCAGCGGCCAGAGGGGCCUCCCGACGCACUCCGAGAGGCGGAGGUACCGGACGACGCCGGUCAAGGGGUACCGCGCGUUGUAGAUCUCCGCCGCCACCACGUGCGCGGGCAGGGUGUCAUCGAGGUUGUCGGGGAGGAUCUCUCCGUCGCCGGCGAGGCCGAACGUGUCGCUGAGCAGCCGCCCCCAGAGGUCCAGGGAAUGCCCGGGCCGGGGUAUCCACCACUCCUUCUGCUGGUUUGCCUUGGCCUUGAGGAUUUGCUCCCGGAGGGGUUCGUCGUCCCAAUAGUUCCCGGACUUGGACUCCGCGACGCAUUCGCAGCGGUUGGGGACCGUGCCUACUUCGGUAUAUGGGGAUGCGGACGGGACAGCCUUGGUGGACGACAUUCAAUGGAGUGCUCGUCGAGACCGGAGACGGGGAUGAAUGUGGUUCUAUUUAUAUCCAUUCCAUGGGCACAACUGAUGCUAAACACCUUGGACCUGAAGGGUGUCGAGAAGGGAAUCCCUUGGAGCUCCUCGGUUGAAAAGUCGAGAGAAGAUCAAAGCAAGGCGAUCAUAAUCGUUGCGAUGGUCGUGAAAGACGUGUCGGGAAUUAUCUUCGAUGCUUUGUAGUAGCACCGACUGUGUUGCAAGCAUUCGUACAGGGGUCAGGUCGUCUCCAUGGUCGCGACUUCGACACGAAUGGUUAGUUUGACCAGCUGGAACGAUGAUAUCUCAAUCUG